AUGAAGUACCAACGCGUUCUUUACACAAACAAAUUCUCUGCUGAAUUAAAAUCAAAAUUACGCAUCGUAUCUUAUGAGAAACGACGAUCAUUAAAAGGAAAUGUUUAUUACGUUAGUUUUGCAUCCGAUGCUGAUAUUACAUAUGCUGGUCGAAUUUGCAAACGACUUCGAAAUGUAACCAUGAAACCUUUUCAAUCACGUUCUGCUGAUGAAAUUCAAUAUCAAUGUCGAUCUAAACGAUGUGACGAAAAAAAGACUCAUGUAUCAGCUGCAACCAUCAUUACGUCUACUCCUGGUACUAAUUGUCAUACCGUUAUAUGUUCACCUAAACAAAUUAAUAAUCAAGUCGUUGAAUUGCCCCCUGAUGUUUCAAACAUCAAACUUUACAAUGUUCAAUCAUGUAUUGAUGCUAUGAAAACAGCUCAGCGUGUGGCUAAUGAUGUUUAUCAACUUUUUAAAAAUGGUAUGGAUUAUGAUGUCGUAUUGGACCGUUUAUUACAAGCGCAUGCAACGGCAUCUUACUUAAAAGCAGCUACAUCUAUUAAAAUAAAGGAUGUUCUAUCUGCUGGUGUUACAUUGUCAUGGCCUAAUGUUGCUGAUGAUAUCAAUGAAUUUAGAUUAGCUGUUAGUCAUGAACGAUCAUUUAUAAUGAAAAUGGCAUCUGCUCAACAUAUCUUAUCGAAAAUUAAUAAUGAGUCAUCAAUUACUUUGUCAUCAAAAUUAGUAUAUCAACUUACAAAACUAUCUCAUUAA